CCUUUUGGGUUUUUGUUGUUGUUUUUUUAACCCCUGUUUUUAAUCAAUAAGUGAAGCUCUUUUCUCACAAUGAUAACUUUUGACAGCAUGAUAUAACAAGAUUUAGUUCUAACGGUUUUUCUAAUGAUGAACAGUACUUAAAAGAAAAUAAUUUACGGAACUGCACUGUUUUAGGUCUACACUCCUCUCCAUUUUGUCUCUUUCAUGUGAAAUAUUAUGUUCAGUUAAGCACUGACAGAAAUCUGUAGACUUUCGAUUUUGUUUGGUUAAUUGUUGAUACUGUAGACAUCAAACUAUUACAGAAGCAUUUAUUUCUUUGAAAAUAUUUAAGCUGUUGAGAUGUACCCCAUGUCAAAGCUGACGGAGACCGGCACUGAUAGACAAUCCUGGAUCAACGUUAGCAUCACAGAAUGUGCAAUCAAUUCAUUUUCUAAAUUCUUCUGUUUUGCUGCGGCAUACACUCCAGAAACAAAGAUAUGCAACGCAGAAUGCACAGAUGUAGACAAACUUCCAGAAAAACUAACACUUGUUAGUUCUGAAAUGAACACCACAGUUCUUCUCCGUGCUUAUAAUAAAGUUACUAUCAACAACGAUGUGACCAAUUUGCCACCUAUAAAGGAUCCAGAUCAAUUUCCGUGUGUAUACGAGGCCUCAUCAAAUAUCGAAUCCACGACAUUGCCAAGCGCUUUGUCCACAUCAGUUUAUACCACAGAACCAGUAAUUUCACAAUGCCUCUGUGAUUGCUCAGUGGUUUCUAAUAUCACAAUGGAAGGUCUUCAACAGAAAAUAAGUCAGAUAAAAAAGAACUUAACACUUAAGAAAACCUCUCUUUCAUCCUCUUUGAGGAAGAAGACGUCUGCACCUGAUGAGCGACAAUCAUCCGCUGGAUUGGGAGUUGUGGGAAUGUGUAUAAUCAUAGGAACACUGUUUGCUGUGGUUGCAAGUGACUUGUUCUAUGCUGGGUUCUUUAUCAGAAAAAAACGAAAACAAAAUGUCCAAGUUUAAUGAUAAUUAAAAUUCAGAAAUACUCACAUUAACAAAAAAAUACUGUAGAUUCCUUAUUUUA